GGGACACGGCCGCUGCUCCUCUGGAAUACUGAACUCCCCCAAACUCUCUCCAAACUCUCCCUGGGGUGCUGGGACUGGAUGUGCAGGAUGGGACCCCGAUCCUGGGAGCGCUGAGUGCCGGCUCAGAGGACGGAGCGAUCGGGCCGGAGAACAAUAGCGGCGCUGGAAAACAAUGGAGCCGCCGCAGCUCCCCGCGUAGGGAUGCGGGCCGGACGCGGGGCAGGAAUCGCAGCCCAGGAGUAGCGGCCGGGCCGGAGGCAGCGCAGGAUCCGCGGGACGCGCUCGGCUCCCAUGCCCCGCGAUGGAGUUGGGCGGCGGAGGGGACGCGGUGCCCUGCGGGAAGGACAAAUUCAUCUCCAGGAAUGAGCUGCUCCUGCACCUGAAGACCUACAACAUCUACUACGAGGGGCAGAACCUGCAGCUGCGGCACCGGGAGGAGGAAGGGGAGCUGAUCGUGGAGGGGCUGCUGAACAUCUCGUGGGGGCUGCGCCGCCCCAUCCGCCUGCAGAUGCAGGACGACAACCAACGCAUCCGCCCGCCGCCCUCCUCCUCCUCCUGGCACUCGGGCUGCAACCUGGGCGCCCAUGGGUCCGUGCUGAAGCCCAGCACCCUGCCGGACAUCCCGGUGACGGACGGGAACCCCGCACCCGGCACGGAGCAUCCCGGGAAUGGCGCAGCCCCCAGGCCGGCGGACGAGGCCCCGCAGCUGAUGCGGACCCGCAGCGACGUCGGGGUGCGGCCCCGCGGCAGCGCCCGCACGCCCGGGGAGCAGCGGCGGCUGCGGCGGCACCGCUUCUCCAUCAACGGCCACUUCUACAACCACAAGACCUCGGUGUUCACGCCCGCCUACGGCUCGGUCACCAACGUGCGCAUCAACAGCACCAUGACCACGCCGCAGGUGCUCAAACUGCUGCUGAACAAAUUCAAGAUCGAGAACUCUGCAGAGGAGUUUGCUCUGUACAUGGUGCACACGAGUGGAGAGAAGCAGAAGCUGCGCGGCAGCGACUUCCCGCUGCUCGCCCGCAUCCUGCAGGGCCCCUGCGAGCAGGUGUCCAAGGUGUUCCUCAUGGAGAAAGACCAGGUGGAAGAGGUCACCUACGACGUCGCCCAGUACAUCAAAUUCGAGAUGCCCAUCCUCAGGAGCUUCAUCCAGAAGCUGGAGGAGGAGGAGGAUCGGGAAGUGAAGAAGCUGAAGCACAAAUACUCCAUCCUGCGGCUGAUGAUCGAGCAGAGGCUGGAGGAGAUUUCUGAGGGCCCGACGGCGAUGUGAGCGUCCGGGGGAUGUGCUGCACCGAAUCCCAACCCCGAAACGCUCCCGGUGUCCACCUGGAUGGCCCCAGCCCCGAGCCGACCCUCCCUCCCACGCCUUCACCCCUGCAGGAUCCUCGGGGGGCUCCUCCCAGGGAGGCUCUGGCUGGUGGCAGCUUCAGCCAAAAACCUCAAAUCCCUGGAAAAUGCAGGGAAAAUAACAAAAAAAAAAAGGAAAAAGAGGAAAUCUGUGAGCAGCACAAAGGCAAGGAGAGGGUUGAGCAAGGGCUGCCAGCAUUCCAGAGCUGGAAUUUUGGGGGUUCAGUUUGGGAAUGCCCAACGUGGCUCCUGGUGAAGGACCUGCUGCUCGGCAGCGAGAGAGCACAAAAAAAUUCCUCUUAUUUUUAGCAAAAAAAGCACAUUCCUACCGCAAUAAUUCACAGGCGUCGGGAGGAUUUUGGAAAUCCGAAGGGUUGGCUGAGAUUUUGGGGCGGUUGAACCCUGACCUGAGGGCUCACAGGUGGAUUUCCAGCACAGGAGAAAAUCCCAUUUUUUUCCAGCGCCUUCCCCAAACCUGCAUCUGACCCCCUCCGUCCCCUGCUCUAAUUUGCACUAAUAUUUAGGGAUUUUUAAGAAAACCACGAUGUCAAACCUCUCUGGUAGCUGUAAAUGCCAAAUAGCACUCGCAGGGAUGGCUGAGGGCCUCGAGCGCCUCGAGGGAUGCUGGAUGGGAAAGGAGGGAAGGCAGGAGGUGGGGGAGGCAGAAAUAAAGAGGAUUUUAUUUUCCAAAUCCAUUUUCCAGCAGUGCCAGCAAAUGAUCCUGGUGAAACCAGGACCAGACCGGCUCCAUCAGCACAACCAGCUGGAAAAACCUCUUUCCUCCCAGGCUAAACCAGCAAUAUCCAUUUUAUACCUCGAUGUGAACUAAACCUCUGACUUUCUCCCCCUCCCUUUGAGUUUUUGCAACGCAUCUUUGUCAUUUUUUCUCUUUUUUAAAUUUUAAUGGUACAUUUUCCACCUUUAACUCAUGUUCAGGAAAGUGUUGUACAGCGAGAGGAGCUUUUGGUGUGUCUGAAGGAUGAUUGUGGCACUGCUGCGUGGAUUAACAAGGAAAUGAAAUAAAAUAUGUAGCAACUUAAUGCCGAACGA